GGGGGGGGGGGGGGUUGAAAAGAGUUUCCAGGUUAGAAGAGGGAGGAGCCCAAAGUAGCAAUUGAGGAGGGGGAUCGGACAGAGGCAAACCACCGGGCCAGGAGUUCUCCAGACUCCAAACUAGAUCACAGUAGUGUAGGCACUUGUAAAUGUCCUACUAUUUAGUCGUUGAUAUUUUUUAAUUUUCUUUUUAGUUAGUUCAGAGGUUUAGUCGACGAGGUGACGGGGUCUAGAGAGUUCUAGGAAGGCGAAUAGUGGCUCCAAAGGUGGUUUAUUCAGUAUGCACAGAACCGGUGGAUAUUCCAGCAGCACAUCCCUGACUCAAUCGAGACGUGGAGCAGGCGAUCGGUUCCCCGUAUGUGGGUUUCUUUUGGGUAAAAGGACAAGAAUUUGGAGUAGGCGAUCAAGAGACAAUAGAAAGAGUGAGAUUAUUGAGAGUAUGUGUAUGAGUGAGAAGAAGAAGAAGAAGAAGAAGAAGAAGAAGGUUACUAUACAAUUGGCCCUUUAUUUAAUGCAGUACAUAGUAACUUAACCUGGGGACUCUAUAGUCUGUAGUCCGUCUGUAGUCCGUCUGUAGGUAACUUAGUGGUAAGGCAAAAAGAAAGGAUGAAGGAUUGUGAUAAGGAUAAACCAUCCCGGCCUGUCAGAAUCAUUACUGUUAAUAUGUCUCUCUCCCCAUGGCCUUGUCA